ACCAAUCACCUGUCUUGAUUCCAGCCUGUCGUGCUGUAUGCAGUUAGACAGAGUUAACAUUUAAAGCACCCUGUACGUAGUACAAGAUCGUAUUCCCUGACUCGAAGAAAUCUAUAAUAGUGGGAGCCGAUCCUGCUCGGCCCUUAACAUUCACUUGUUGCCCCAUUCAUUGGCCAAUUCAGCGCUGCUCCGCGAUGGCUUGCGAUUGGCCGGGAAAACACGCGAAUUGGAACGCAAGGGCAAUUUUGGCUCGAGAUUUUUUAUUUCAUUCCUUCAACAUCAUGAGUUGUAGGAGUGAAAGACUUGGAGCUGCUGGUCCGUCAGUCGGCCAUGUGCCAGGGUUGUUGUCUUCGUUGGGAGGGCAGCAGCAACGCCAGCUCGACGCGUUGUUAGCCCCCCUCGAUCGGGAGACGUCGCAGACAACCGAUGAACCAUCCGGGCUGCUCUCGGGAGAAUCAACCACUCACGGCAAAGCUUUUCCCGCUAUCGAUGAUCCAGGCCCAGACCCUCCUUCCUCGGCCUACCUUCUCGACGGAUUGCCCUCCGGCCAUGAUAACUAUGUAAGCUGCGAUACCUGCGAUACCUGCGAUACCUGCGGAGCUAGCACAUGGACAUGGAACCGUGCCGCUCCUUCCUGUGGAGGGGCUGGAGGGGCUUUGACAAGGGCUACAUCAUACGACUCUUUUGACAUCAGCCAUGUGUAUCGAGAGCGCAAGGCGCAAGACCAUGCACGUAUGGGAAUGCUGCCAGUGCGGGAGAGGAAAUAUCAAUAUCCAGCUCGAGCAAUGCCCCGAUUGCGGUGUAUACAGAUGUGCUUACUGUAAAACGACUAGAGUACAAGUUCGAGGACACUAGCCGUUUGGCAGU